AUGCAGGCAGGUAGUGCUUAUCUGGCGGAGCUCCAGUCAACUCACACAUGUGUGCACAGGCGGUCGUGGUUACAACAGGCUAUUGGGCCGCGUGGUUACCUGCUUCACUUAAGUUCACGCGAUAUUGUAAAUUCUGUUUGUUCUGGAUAGUGUCCUGUUAAAAUGAAAUACGUAAUCUGUCGGUGAUUCUUUUAUGUUUACCCACUUAAUUUACUUAUAACGAUUGGUAAUAUCAUAGAAUAUUGUGAGGUGUUUUGUAAACAAUAAGAUGCCGUACGUAAUGGUUAUGGGCAGUCUUAGCGCGCCUCAUCUGUCGAAGGAUGAAGGUGCAACAGUGUAUGGACUCAAGAGUGAGGAGCGGGCUUCAUUAGUCAGGGAGCUGAACACGUCUUUCGGCAUGCAGGUUGCAGCAGCAUCUGAACCAGAACGAACUGUCCGUAUAACUCAGAAGGGACUCACUUUGGUCGUGGUGAACCGUCUGCACGCGUUAUUUGGAUAUGAUGUCGUCUCACACGCCAUGGCAAUGACAAAUGCCAAUCGAGAACUGAUCUCCUUUACUAUGUACAAGAAAACUAACACUGGUUCACAAGGUCACAGUCACAAUCAAGGUCACGGCCACAGCCAUCACAGUCAAGGUCAAGUUCGAGGUCCCUCCCACAAAAGUGCUCCCAAGCCUCACAGCAGUGUGGUCACGCUCUGAUCGAACAUGAAUGUUGAAUAGCAUUACUAUUCAAUGAACGUGCACUGAAGAUGUGAAUGGACCUUUAUUGUAUGCCUGUUAAAUCUAAAUUGAAUCUCAAAAGUAUAAAAUCCGUCCUUUACUAAAUUAUAGAGAAUAAUUAAAGUUACUGAGUACACAGUUAGUGCGUAUCUAUUGGUUAAGUAAUAAAUGUAUGUUUAAUAUCAGUGUAUAAAAUAAAAUACAUGAAUGAAUGUA